ACUGAUUUAAUCGAAUACGAAGAAAACGCUGCGGAUUUAAUUGAAUUCGAAGAAAAAAACGCUACAAAGUGCCGAUUAGUAAUACCCGAUAUUGUUAAAUUUUAUAAGCUGUGUAAGAAAAUGAAAGCCGAAGGUGUUAUAGUGACGAAUGUAUUUUAUAGAAGCUCUGCUAAGACGAGGGCCAAAGAACUUAACAUAUUAUUGACAAAACCAGAACAUGCAAAAGGAAAAAUAGAUGAUUUUUUCGAAGAUUUAAAAUUUUUAACAAUCAGCGAAUCAUCGGCGGAAGAAAUCA